GUCUCGGCGGCUCCCUGUUUCUUCAAUGGAGAUUCGUUAUCCCGAGAGCGAGUCUUUUGCAAUAAGGAAUAUAUAUACAUAUAUAUACAUAUAUAUAUAUACAGCGCAAUAGAGUCGCGCUGAAUAUCGCGACUGAUAUUAAUAUCGCAGCGGGGAGACGAUGCAUUCCCUGCAGGGCUAGAGCUCGGACUUCAGUCUCCUGUUAUCUGUAAUCAUGCCUCUAGCUCGCAGUCUCUCCGUCUCUUCAUUGACUGGUCUGGAGGACUGGGGAGACGGGUUCGACCAGGAGGAUGCUGUCCUGUUUGAGGUGGCCUGGGAGGUCGCCAACAAAGUGGGCGGGAUCUACACUGUCAUUCAGACGAAGGCGAAGCUCACAGCUGACGAAUGGGGAGAGAACUACUUUCUGAUUGGUCCGUACGUGGAGAGCAGCGUGCGCACGCAGGUGGAGCUGAGCGAGCCCUCGAACCCGGCCGUGCGCAGAGUCCUGGAGUCCAUGAACAGCAAGGGGUGCAAAGUGUAUUUCGGGCGCUGGCUGAUCGAGGGGGGCCCCUGCGUGGUCCUCAUUGAUGUGGGGGCCACCGCGUGGGCCCUGGACCGCUGGAAAUCGGAGCUGUGGGAGAGCUGCAGUAUCGGGGUGCCCUGGUUCGAUCGGGAGGGGAACGAUGCCGUGCUGUUUGGGUUCCUGACGGCCUGGUUCCUGGGGGAGUUCAUUGCCCAGUGUGAUGAGAAGCCCCACAUCGUGGCUCAUUUCCAUGAGUGGCUCGCCGGGGUGGGGCUGAUCUUGUGUCGCAUUCGCAAGCUGCCCAUCGCCACCAUCUUCACCACCCACGCCACCUUACUGGGGAGAUACCUGUGCGCUGGGAGUGUGGACUUCUAUAACAACCUGCACAGCUUCAAUGUGGAUAAGGAGGCUGGGGACAGGCAGAUCUAUCACCGGUAUUGCAUGGAGAGAGCAGCGGUGACCUGCUGCCACGUCUUCACCACCGUGUCUCAGAUCACAGCGAUCGAAGCAGAGCAUCUGCUCAAGAGAAAACCAGAUAUUGUGACUCCCAACGGUCUCAAUGUGAAGAAGUUCUCAGCGAUGCACGAGUUUCAGAACCUCCAUGCCCAGAGCAAAGCCCGGAUCCAGGAGUUCAUCAGGGGUCACUUCUACGGGCACCUGGACUUCAAUCUGGAUAAAUGUAUCUUCCUCUUCAUCGCCGGCCGCUAUGAGUUUUCCAAUAAGGGAGCCGACAUCUUCCUCGAAGCACUUGCCAGACUGAACUACCUGCUCCGGGUGAAUCAGAGCGACGUGACCGUCGUCGCCUUCUUCAUCAUGCCGGCGAGAACCAAUAAUUUCAACGUGGAAACUCUGAAAGGACAGGCUGUGAGGAAACAGCUGUGGGACACAGCCAACACAGUGAAAGAGAAGUUUGGGAAAAAACUCUACGAGUCUCUGUUAGUAGGGCAGCUGCCCGAUUUGAAUAAGAUGAUGGACCAGGAGGAUUUCACCAUGAUGAAGAGAGCCAUCUUCGGCACUCAGAGGCAGUGCCUUCCCCCGAUCUGCACUCACAACAUGCUGGACGACGCGACCGACCCCGUCCUCAACACCAUCCGCAAGCUGGGCCUGUUUAACAAGAGCGCCGACCGGGUCAAGGUUAUUUUCCACCCUGAGUUCCUCUCCUCCACCAGUCCUCUCUUGCCGAUGGAUUACGAGGAGUUUGUGAGGGGCUGCCACCUGGGGGUCUUCCCAUCCUACUACGAGCCCUGGGGCUACACACCCGCGGAGUGCACAGUCAUGGGGAUCCCCAGCAUCUCGACGAACCUCUCUGGGUUCGGCUGCUUCAUGGAGGAGCACAUCGCCGACCCCUCUGCCUACGGGAUCUACAUUCUGGACCGCCGGUUCCGAGGCGUGGACGGCUCCUGCAAUCAGCUGGCCUCCUUCCUGCUCGCUUUCUGCCAGCAGAACCGGCGCCAGAGAAUCAUCCAAAGAAACCGGACCGAGCGACUGAGCGACCUGCUGGACUGGAAACACCUGGGCAAGUAUUACAUGUCUGCGAGACACAUGGCCCUCGCGAAAGCCUUCCCAGAAUCCUACAGCUACGAUCCCCAGGAAAACACAGCGACCCCCGGGUUCAGGUACCCGCGCCCCGCCUCCGUGCCCCCCUCCCCCUCGCUGUCCCGCCACUCCUCCCCCCGGCACAGCGACGCGGAGGAAGAGGAGGGGGAGGGGAGAGAUGAGCGCUACGACGAGGAAGAGGAGGCUGAGAAGGACCGGCUCAACAUCAAACCAGUCUCCUUACUGGGAGCUGUGGGGGAGUGGAGGGGGCACAGCAGCGGCUCCACCAGUAACACCAGUGUAACCAGCAACAGCCCCCCCAGUGAGCUGACCUCUCCCAGCAACUCUGAGAAGAACUAGAGAGAG